AUGAAAUACACAGUGAGACCUACCGGUUGUGAUCAAGUUGAAGUAUGUGAAGAUGAAUUAAUUAAUUUACAAGGUACUAUUUUUGGAAUUGAUGGAGAUUCAAUUCGAAUCUUAGCAAAACAUGAAACCUCAAAAGUUGAAAUUGCAUUUAAAGCAAAUGAAUUAAGAAAAUAUUUUUCUAUUGGUAAUCAUGUUAAAGUUUUAAAUGGAAGAUAUGAAGGUGAAACUGUUGGUGUUGUUAUACGUAUAGAAAAAGAACGUUUACAUAGAUUAAAUAUGGAUGGAAAAGUUCAAGUUCUACCAAUUCAAUUGGUAACAAAACGAAAAAUAAAUCGAAAUGCAGCAGCAAUUGAUUCACAAAAUAAUAAUUUAAAUGUUGGUGAUAUGUCUACAAGGACAAAUAAAACAUCUUUAUCGUCAUUUUUUUUAAUAUUUUGUCGUACAUUAACUGAAAAUGGUGGUAUAUUUGUACGUAAAGCAAGAAAUUUAUUAUUAGCUGGUGGACAGGAAUUAUUUCAAGUUAUCGCUUUCUUUCCCUAA